AUGCGCGCCGUCCUUUACGCCGCUCUCUGCGUCGCCGGCGCCGCGGGCCGCGCCCAGUUCGGCGGCCUGCGGAACCAGGGCAACACGUGCUAUCUGAACAGCCUGCUCCAGACGCUCUACCACGUGCCCAAGCUCCGGUCGGCGGUCAUCGACGACGCGCCGGCGCCGGCGAAGCGGGGCCCGCUGGCGCGCCUGCGGCCCAAGGUGCCGGCGCUGGCGCUCGCGCGCGUCUUCGCGACGCUGCGCGGCAACUCGACGGCGCGGACCGGCGCGCUGACGCGGUCGCUGCGCGUGAGCGGCAUGCAGCAGCAGGACGCGCAGGAGUACCUGCGCAUCCUCGUCGGCGAGCUGCUCGAGGCGCCCGUCGCGGGCACGGUGCGCACGCUCUACGAGGGCGCGCUGGAGAGCUACCUCGAGGCGACGGACGACGAGGCCGAGCGCCUCGGCGAGCGGCCGAGCCGGAGCCGCGUGGAGCGCUUCCUGGACGUGAGCCUCGACGUCGACGGCGUCGACGACGUCGAGGGCGCGCUGGGCGCCUACCUGGCGCCGGAGACGCUGUCGGGCGAGAACCGGUGGAAGUCGGACCUGGGGCCGUGCGACGCGCGCAAGGGCGUGCGCUUCGGCGCGCUGCCGCCCGUGCUCGUGCUCCACCUCAAGCGCUUCGCCUACGACUACGCCUACGACCGCGUGCGCAAGCUGGGCAACCGCGUCCGCGUGCCCUUCGAGCUCGACGCGGCCGCGUUCGGCGUCGACGACGACGGCGAGGCCUACGCGCUCCACGCGGUCGUCAUCCACGUCGGCGGCGGCCUCGGGGGCCACUACUACGCCUACGUCGACCCGAACCUCGACGGCAACUGGGUCAAGUUCGACGACGACCGCGUCACGCCCGUGGACGCGGCCGUCGUCGCCGCGGACGCGGACGGCACGGACUACCGCAACGGCGCCUCCGUCGGCGCCUACCUCCUCCAGUACGUACGCAAGAAGGACGCCGCCGACCUCGGCUACACCGGCGCCCAGACCUGCGCCGAGUCCAAGAGUAUGGUGGCUCCGAAAGCUGCCGGCGCCAAGCAGAAGGUCUCGCCCAAGCAGCUCAGCCACGAGGUCUCCGAGCAUCUCACUAACGCGCGCUGGCGGCAGGCGCUGGACGGCCUCUUCGCGCUGACGCAGUGCGAGGCGUCGGCCGUGAAGCUGGGCUCGCUCCAGCGCUGGGUGCGCGACGCCGACGCGGCGCGCGACGACGCGCCGGAGCUCAGCCGGGCGCUGCUCUGGCUCCUGUGCCGCGUCGCGUCGGGCGCGGGCGCGGGCGCGCCGCCGAGCGACGCCGUCGUGUCGCGCGACUUGUUCGUCGCCGCGCCGCGCGAGGCGGCGGCGGCGCCGGCCGCCGCGCGGCCCUCGGACGCGCACGUCGCCGCGUCGUUCUUCGUCGCGCUGCGCGAGCGGGCGGCCCAGCGCCAGCCGCCGAACCGCCACGACCUGACGGUCUGGGCGAGCCGGCCCGGCGCCGUCGCGCUCGACGGCGACGCCGCGCCGCGGCGCGUCGACGUCGCCGGCGUGCCCGGCGGCUUCGUCGUCGUCGACGCGCUGAGCGCGUCCGAGUGCGCCGCGCUCCUCGGCGCCGCGUCGGCCCUGGGCUUCGAGCGCGACGAGCCCCUGGGCGACCGCGAGCGCGCGGCGCUCGAGCACGAAAAGUCGAAAUCGUCCGGCGCGUUCGGCUGCCUCGACUCGUCGUCCGACGACGGCGACGGCGCCGCGACGCCGCCGCCGCCGCCGCCGGCCUCGACGCCGACGACGGACCACUCGCUGCGGAGCCGCGCGUGCGUCCUCGUCGCGGACGACGCGCUCAACGACGGCUUCUUCGCGCGCGUCGCGCCGUUCCUCCCUCCCGCGCUCGACGACUGCUGCGACGCGCGGGGCCGGCGCCGCGGCGUCGGCGCGCUCGCCGGCCUGAAUCGGCGCUGGCGCUGCUACAAAUACGACGCGGGCGGCACGUACCGGCCCCACGUCGACGGCGCGUGGCCGGGCUCGGGCCUCGGCGGCCCGCCGGAGCGGCCCCGCUACGUCUACGACGCCUUCGGGGACCGCCUGUCGAAGCUGACCUGCCUCGUCUACCUCAACGACGACUUCGAGGGCGGCGAGACGGCCUUCUUCGCCGCGGCCGACGCGGCCGACGGCGCCGCGCCGCGCGUCGCCGUCACCGCGGUGCAGCCGCGCCGCGGCUCCGUCCUCUUCUUCCCCCACGGCGAGACGACGGGCUCCCUCAUCCACGAGGGCUCCGCGGUCACGGACCGCAACAAGUUCGUCAUCCGCACGGAGGUCCUCUACACGUACCCCGCGGACGAGCCCGCGGCCGCCGCGCCCGAGCCGCCGGAGCGCGGCCCCAAGAAGAAGGGCGGCAAGCGGCGGAAGCGGUAACGAGGCGGAUUUUUUU